GAACGGAGUGUAGUGAUGGAGGAAGAACUCAAUUAUGCUACUGUGGUUUUUAAAAAUGGUGGUAGUCCUCAGAAAGAAAACGAUGAGGACUCUACAAUUUAUUCUACAGUUCAAUCUAAAGUUCCUGCAGCGACUGGAACAAUAAAAGCAGCUGGAGGAACAGUAGCAGCUGGAGCAGGUGAAGGAACAGCAGGAGGAGGAGCAGCUGGAGGAGCAGCAGCAGCUGGAGCAGCAGCUGGAGGAGCAGCAGCUGGAGGAGCAGCUGGAGGAGCAGCAGGAGGAGGAGCAGCCGCUGGAGCAGCAGCUGGAGGAGCAGCAGCUGGAGCAGCAUCAGCGGCACACUCCCGGCACUUUGUCCUGCUGCUGGUGUGUUUGGGGAUUCUCUGCGUCCUGCUCAUGGCGUGCAUCGGCGUCAUCAUCUACAUCUGUGGGGUCAUGAAGGCCCAGGAAGCUGUCGCAGAUAACGUCAUCCACCUCGAGAAGAAAAACGUCAUCCACCUCGAGAAGGAAAAUCAGCGGCUGAUGAUGGAGAAAGAAAUCCUAGUGAAUGAGACCGAGGUGCUGACCCGAGACAGAGAUUAUCUCAACAGGACGCUCGGAGUCAUCAUGACGUUCCAAAACUUCCCAGUCAAUAAAUUUUGCCCAGACAAAAAGUGUCAGCCGUGCCGGAAGAGUUGGAUUCCUUUCCAGGAUCACUGCUACCUGUUUUAUGACAAACCCCCUCGUUGGAAGACAUGGGAGGAAGCACGAACAAUUUGUCGACCUAACGCAGACCUGGUUGUUGUCGACAGUUUACAAGAGCAGGAAUUCAUCAAUAAUCACACAGAGUACUACCACGACUAUGAUCAUGGAUACUGGAUGGGAUUGCAUCAAAUUGACAACAAGUGGAUCUGGAUUGAUGGACGCAAUGAGACUGAGGGGCACUGGAAUCAGACGAAAGUUAACACUGGUAAAUGUGCGAUGACAUUCUCUGGGAAUAAUGCGGCAGCCAGCUGGGGCCCAGCUUGGUGUUUAAUGCAGAACAAAUUCAUCUGUGAGCAUGAAGCCCUCAUCAGGACUCCAGUCACUUAUCAGGACCGCGCCUCUUUUUGCAACCGGCCGACCCCAUCAACCAGCUGCAGGCAGUCAGCUUCUGUCUCUGACAUGUUAACACCAACAGUUACCUUAAAACUGAAAACAAUGGGGCAAGAACCGAAUCACGUCAGAGCAUCUUCCAAGAUGGGCGAAACAGGGAAGACAGUCCUGCGCACUCUGCUGCCCCUGGUGACAGCAGCGUUCGGGAUCAUCUGCGUCGUCCUGGUGUCGGUCGCCAUCGCCCUCAGAACGACAUCCCUCACGUCAGAGCGCUACUUGCAAAAUGCUGCAGCUCAAAAUCGGCAGCUGCGGAAGGAGAAGGACGACUUGGAGAGACGGAGCAGGGAGCUGAGCAGAGAGAGAGAUGGACUCAGCUGGACCAUGGAGGCCAUCCUCCAGUACCAAACCUUCCCAGUGGCAACCCACUGCCCAGAGAAAGUGUGUAGAACUUGCCUGGGCGGCUGGAUUCCAUUUCAAUCGAGCUGCUACCUUUUUUCCGAACCGAAUAAUCAACAACCUCUGUAUAAUUGGUGGAACAGUCGUGAGUUCUGCAGAACAGAGGAAGCAGAUCUGGUCGUGAUUGAAAGUUUGGAGGAACAGGAAUUCAUCAACAACCACACUAUGGCCUAUAAUGAUGAAACUCACGCCUAUUGGAUUGGAUUGAAGAAGUACAAGGAAACAUGGAUGUGGGUGGAUGGAACCAACGUCACCUUCCAGUACUGGGUAGAAGGACCAAUGGAGUUGCACAGAGGGCCUUGUGCUCUAAGUUUACCUCGGGCCGAUAAGCUGGCCAACUGGGACCGGUUGAGGUGCAGCAUGCUGAAACGCUGGAUCUGUGAAACAAGAGCCUUAAUCAAAUCGGAUUAGGAAGCAAUUUCUGUUCAAAUAGUUUAUUUAACUUGUGACAAAUAAAAAUUAAAUAUUAAGCUGUAAAAAA